AUUCUAUCGACCAUGUGGUAUAAUCAAAACGCCCCCAAUGUAUAAGUCCUUUUAAACCCAAAUAUAUCACGCAUGUUGAAUCCCAUCUACUCAGGGUAAGCUUCUCAUAACCCCCUCAAAAGCAACCAAUGCUACCGCAUUGGCGGGGAAAGCUCUCAAGAAGCAAGGCACAAAGCCUCUCCAGUAACCCCUCCAUCCAGCUUCUUCAUAUACUGUCACCGCCGCUUCUUUCCAACCGGCAAAUUUCUUGACUCCAUCCCCCAACCCCCCUUCUAACGGGUCGGUCAUAAUUCGUUGCUUCACCACAUCGGAAGGAUAACUAGUCAUCCAAAAGACCUGGGCACUCAGUCCACCGGCCCAGAAAUUGAUGGCUGGGGUGGAAAGCGCAGUUUUCUCCGAGAGAAGUUUCGUGAAGAGGUCAUAAGACCCCCACCAAAAAAAGAAGAAAGAGCGGAACAGUAGAGUUGCUGAAAGACCGUGGUAUAUCCCUCUCACACCAUGGAAUUUGUAGAUCUUGGAGAAUGCAUCGAUGGGUCCUUGGUACAAUCUCUCGGAACGAACAUUCGAGUAUUGGAUCUGUAAACGUGCUUUGAUGUGUUCUACCGGUGCGGCCACGAACGAUACUGUUGCUCCAGCCAUCACGCCUGCCAUUCCAUGGCCCACGGUUGGGAGUUUGUGGGAUGGAGUGUCGACACUUGCGAAUGCGGAGGGGGAGUUGUACAUGCGGGAUGGAGAAAAGAGGGUUUGGUGCAGGAGUUUGCGGUAGAAUGUUAGGGAGCCUAGCAUUACGCUAUCCAUGAACAUCCAGCCUACGAGAGGGGGUGUGGCGCCUUUGUAGAGGCCUUUGACACCUUCUUUUCGCACCGUUUGAAGGAGACAUUGGAGGGGUCCGGAGAAUUGGGCGGAAUUGGAGGUUUGAAGACGGACUUUGAUGGUAUCGAAGGGGUGGCCGACUGGGGAUUGAGGUUAGCUUUGUGAUCUUGGGAAAGUGAAACGUAGAAGAAAUGCUGUAUCGUCUGUCUAAGGCCAUUGACCUUGAGGGGAGUGCAAUGUGGGUGAUCAAGGUCAAUGGAAUAUGAAUGGGUACUUACCCGACAACUUGGAGACUCCGGAGAAUACACCUGCAACAAAACCCUUGUAAUUCUUGCUACCCUCUUUCUUGUCCAUCACGACCUUCUUCUCGCCACUUGCGCCAACUCCAUGCCCAGCAAUGGUCGUCGACAUUUGUGCUGUGUAUUGCGGUCGGGAGUAUCAAGUUGGCCCAAAUAAGCCUGUUCUCUCCACGCCGAGACGACAUGAAGGUUAAAAUCAAAGUUAUCAGUUGCUUAUCUGUCAGGCGAACUGAGCGGGAAGUUUUCCGGCGUAAGAUUAGGGUUGCAUUCUUGUUUCAACGAAUAAACAGCCGCGGACGAUCAAGCAAUAUCAUGACACCAACUCGGAGAGUUUCCACGAGUUGUGGUUUCUUCUGGACGAGUGAUGACGAGCUGUUAUCACGGUUGGUGGAGAGGAGACUUUGGGUUCGACUCGAGAGACAUUUCUGCAGGGGUACAUCACUGCCUGUCAAGCCUGUGCAGGAGCCAUGGUCCGUCCACCUGCUCCUGCAUCUGUCUAUUACCCCUCCAAGCCCCGCCCCUCUCUCUCGUCUAAAUGCAAGAGCCAUGAGUCUUCAUCGAGUCUUGUCGGGAAUCUGGGAUCAACGCCCCCCACCUCGGCCGAUUGGACAGGUCACUGUGGACUCGUCGCAAUGUACGAGUAAAGAGCGCAGAGAGCGCUGUCUGACAAGUUCUUUAAAUAGAUGUUUGCUGCUAUAUAAGAGUGCUUUGCGCCACGUCUUCAUCACUGGCUCUCCAUCUCGCCAUUGAUCGUCCUCUCUGUCUAACCACCAAGCAAAGAAGUAUUGAAAGCUCCCAGAAGCCGGCUUCACUUUCUUCUCUUCAUAUUCUCAAUAUUCCUCUUGAAGUUUUACCUUCCACGCUUACUCCCGAAAUUCAAUUGCCAAUAUGGUUGACACUAAGGACAGGGUUACGGAGUCGAGAAAAGGUAACUAACUUCCAUCCCUCCGAGCGAGGAUACGAUACGGGUACUGAUAAUGACAUAAGUCUGGACAACCCUAAUUACCAACACCAAGUACCUCUCAGGUCUCCUAACCCUCGACUACUCUCUCAAAAAACACAAUUCUGCAUACCCCCUGGUCGCACUCUAUACCGAUGGCUUUCCCCCAGAAGGCCACGCAGCCCUCAAGGCCCGCGGCAUCCCAGCACAAAGAGUACAAUAUCUCCUUCCAUCAGCCGGCAAGGAUUACUCUGCCGACCCUCGCUUCUACGAUUGCUGGACGAAACUCACUCCCUUCAGCUUGACAGAAUAUGACCGAGUGGUACAAUUGGAUAGUGAUAUGUUGGUGCGGAAGAACAUGGAUGAGCUGAUGGACUUGGAGCUUGAUGGUCCCGAGUUGGCAGGGAUGGGUAAGAGAGUGUACGCUGCGGGACAUGCUUGUGUUUGUAAUCCUUUGAAGAAAGCUCACUACCCUAAAGAUUGGUUGGUCCCCUUUGCCCUUUUUUCCUCCCUUCCUCCUCUGCCAUUCUUCAGAACCUAAAACAUCAAAUCAGGAUACCAGAAAACUGUGCCUUCACAUCCCAACACAACACUCCAGAUAUCGCCCAAACAGUAGGACCAGACCCAGCCGUUGGACCUCUGGGUUUCAUGAACGGCGGUCUACAAGUUGUAAACCCAUCUGACGAUGUAUACAACUUAAUCGUCGAUUAUAUGGAGAAUAACGCCAUUAACAUGGAUUUCGCGGAUCAAUCUCUGCUUUCCGAUUUGUUCAAGGGGUGUUGGGUGCCAUUGCCUUAUACGUAUAAUGCGCUUAAGACUUUGAGAUGGGAGGGAGUGCAUCAUCAAAUUUGGAGGGAUGAUGAGGUUAAGAAUGUGUAUGUACCCUCUUCUGUCCAUAAAAAUGAAUUUGAAAGCUAAUCUUUUGGUCUAGUCAUUACAUCUUUGGUAGGCCUUCCUCCAUAGCCCUUUUUCUCUCAAUCGGCUCCUCGGAUUUCUGACUCUCUUUGUAACGCCUUGGAUGCUAACACAUUUAAACAGGAAUCAAACCAUGGGACGACCUCACAGGUAAUGACGGUAAACCAUCUGAUCCUACGCAUAUCUGGUGGCUGGACGAUAAUAAGGAACGUUUGGCUGAGGAGAAGGCAAAAGGUAUUGCUGUGGAUGGGUUUUAGGAGUUGAAUGCUGUGGGACAACUUUAGAGGUAUGGACUUUAGAAUGAACGACUUAUAGAGUUACAAUAGACGGAAAUGCAUAGGCCGA